AUGAGCAAACAGCAUCAUCACCAUCAACAGCAGCAGUUUACAUCAUCGGGUGGUCCAAACGAUAACUCCUCCAAUAAUGCUGCUGCUGGUACCUCUUCCACUGGUCGAUUGAGCAAUAUAUUGGAGUUGAGAGGAGUGAAUGAUCCUUUGCCAGAUAAUUUUGUUCAACCGUCGUCCAAUAAUGCUUCAAACCACCACCACCACCGCACUCCCAUGAUAAGCCUUGAGAGUGUUCUGGGAAUGCGAGGAGGAUCCUCCACUCUCUCAGAAAACCCCAAUCUCUACCAAGGACAUAUUAACUUUCAUCAUAGCGUUCAUCAUGAUGGUCAUCAUAUUUUGGAUCAUGUUGAUCCCGAUCAAUUCGAACAAGAACAACAACGACUCAGACAAUUCAACUCUCACGGAGGACCUGGUACCAUUGGUUUACCCUCCAUACCAAACCUCCCUCAGAGCGUGAGUGCCAUGUUUUCAAAUACUUCCAACAACACUGGUGGUGGCAGUAGUGGAAGCAAAGAGGUUGGUGGUUCUCCAUUGAUGAACACCAACACGGGUGGACACUCCACAAUCAAUACCUCCUCGAGUGCUUGUAGCAAUAUGAACAGCUCAAGUUCUGGAUCGUUAAUGCGAGGAGACGGUAGUAUGAGUAGUAUGGCCACCUCUACUUCCUCCUCUCAACAUCAGCCACCACGAAAUAGCAUGAUGACACGAAUAGACAGACCAGCGUCUCAGUCAUCAUUUGUGCCUUUUAAUACAGGCAGCAAUAUGAAUGUGUCCUCACAAUCUUACAUGCAAUCUUCUGGAAAUCCAUCCUUUUCUGGAAUGAAUAAUAACACUGAAUCUAUGAAUCAUUACCUUCAACAAUCAUCGAACUCUUAUUCUGACAAUAUUCAAAUGCAACAGCAACAACAACGUUCAUUUGAAAAUGCAAUGACAUUCACUAAUAAUAAUAGCUUUAUGACCAACAACAAUAUGAAUAACAGCCAUUUCAAUUCCAACAACAAUACAAUGUCAAACCAAACUGGACCAUUUAACAACAACAGCCAAUACAAUACCUCUCGUGGAAGUAAUGUACAACCACAACAGCAAGAUGACUACUCUCAAGACGUCAUUCUUCUAGUUGUGGAGCAACAAAAGAGAAUUUACCAACUUGAAGAAGAAUUGCAAAGAGCUCAAGAUUACAUCAACAAACUUCAAGAAUAUGUGACAUUUUUGGAAUCGGAAAAGGAAAAGAAUACAAAGAAACAAAGCAGAUACUGGACUCAAGAGGAACAUAAACUUUUCCUUGAAGGAAUUGAAAAAUAUGGAAAGAAAGAUGUUAAGGCCAUUGCAAGUCAUGUUGGAACGAGAAAUGCAACCCAAGUACGAACACAUGCGCAAAAGUACUAUGCGAAAAUUGACAGAGAACAAAAGAAGGUGCGAAAAGAAAAGCUAGAAGAGGCAAAAAAGCGCCAACCCAACGACAAGACAACUGGUCAUCAUGAUGAAAACAAAAGAACAAAACGUAAAAAAGUACGAAAUGAUGAUGAGUCGAACUCUGAUUCUGCUAGAAGCCCACAAAUUGAAGAAGGAAGUGUUUCUGGAUCAGUCAUGGAUGAGUUGAGCGAUGUAGAAAAAGAUAAUGUCGGAACGCUCCAAAUUGGAUCUGGUUCAAAACAACCUCCUGCCAUCGAUAGCAAUACUACCCGAUAG